GUGAUGGAAUUUGUUGAAAAUAAUAGGGAUGACUUUAGGGAAAGUUCUGCAUCCCCUUCAGUUGGUGUAGAGUUUGCCCUCCCAACAACAUGCGGUGAAGAUGGAUCAUACAACGUGAAGGCAAAAGAAUGCAGUCAAGACAUUCCAGAAACCCUGAACAAGCAGCCAGUUGAUGAAGGAAACACCACAACUGCCAAACAAGAGCCGCCAACAUCUUCCAAGACUUUGUCAAUACCCAAACUGCAUAGUUUGAUUAGAAUGCGACAGAAGUUAGUGAAGCAUAUACAUCAACUGGAAGUGCGAGAAGUUUGCUUUGAGGACGAGGCAAAAGAGAUGUUCUACAUUAAUCACGAGCGUAAGUUGAAGAAAGCACUUCUGGAAGUUGAAAAGACAUUGCACAAACAUGGAGCAUUGGUGGAUGUUGAUGAGGAUUUACAAGCAUACUAUGACAACACAUACUCUCCGAACAUAAAUGUGGUGGAUACUGGAAACGAACUUUUGAAUAAAAGGAUUAGUGACCUAAUGAAUAAGAAGAUUUUCGACAAGGAGAAAGUCAUCACUCCUUCGUUUGAUGAGAUACGCGACAUUAUGUGUGAGCUACGAGCUGAACAUGGCUCAUCCUCUGGAAUUCCUGAUCCUGAGAAGGAAUCGGAUGCAUUUUGUGAGUAA